UCGCAUGGAGUAAAGGCAGCAGAACUCUCAAAUUGUGCACCAAUCAAUUUCUCUUUUUAACGAUCUUCAGUUCAAUAAUUUAAAUAUUAUUAUCGUCAAAAUGCUUGUCUCUAAAUUUAGGGGAUGUAUGUUAGGUGCUCUGCUUGGCGAUUGUCUUGGUGCUACUUUCGAAGGGGAUGCUCGUGUUUCAAAGCGCGUUCUUUGCAAAUAUUUUGAUAACUUAUUAAGUGGAGAGUCCAAUAAGAAGUUCUCAUAUACUGAUGACACUGCAAUGACAUUAUGUAUUGCUGCAUCUUUGAUAGAGAUGAAAAAAGUGGAUGUUGCGGAUAUUGCAAUGAGAUUUACCAAUGAAUUCUUUGAACAACCUAAUCGAGGGUAUGGACAUCAUGUCAUGGACAUUUUUAAAGCUUUGAAAGAAACAGAAUUCUGUGAUGUUUUCCAACCCGCAAAAUUGCAGUUUGAUGGAUCUGGCUCCUAUGGAAAUGGUGCACCAAUGAGAAUUGCUCCUCUGGCUUUAUUUGCUCAUGAUGCUGAUGAUAACUACGUUAUUAAAUCUGCGAAAGACAUUUCCCUGAUAACUCACGCUCAUCAACAUGGUUACAACGGUGGUAUACUACAAUGUCUUGCUGUUCAUGCUGCGUUGCGGUUAGAUGCAACACAGCAUUUAGAUCCUGUGAGCUUCAUAGAUAGUUUACUGAAGAAAAUGGAAGCCCUUGAAACAAAGACAGAUGGGAAAUUGUCUGAUAUGACACCUUAUUGCGAGAGUUUAAACAAAAUAAAAGAAAUAUAUCUCCUGAAACAGGAAGAUAUUUCAUCUGAAGUAGUAGCUGAAUAUCUAGGUAAUUCCAUCGCAGCUCACAGAUCUGUUCCAACAGCCAUCUAUUCCUUCUUAAGGGGGCUCAAACCUCUUGCGGAUUUUGAAUGCUCAAACCCUUUUAUACGUACUCUAUACUUUGCAAUAUCUGUUGGAGGUGAUACAGACACUAUAGCUACCAUGGCUGGAAGCAUUGCAGGUGCAUAUUAUGGAGCUGAUGUGAUUCCAGAAGUAUUACAGAAACAAUGUGAGUUUGCAAAAGAAGUUAUAGAAAUGGCUGAUGAUCUUCAUGAUGUGUGCACAAAAAAAGAUUCUCAUUAAUCAAAUUGUGGGAAAUGUUCAAUAGAUUGUGUAUGAUACUAAGUUUUUAAUUUUUA